AUGGCAUCUCACAAUAGUGCACGCCUUUCUGGGGCGUUUCAGAAUGCCAAACAAGAGUUCUUGGCGUCACUCAAAGACCCCUCACUAUUCGACAGCGUCCUGAACGUUACCUCGAUGCAGGAUGUUUAUAAAUUUACUACUCAACUUCAGGAGAAACAAAGUAAAUCCAAUGGGCUACGGAAUCUUGGCAAGAUCAAGCCAUACUUGGAUCGAUUGAAAGAGUAUGCCAGAGUCAUCGAGGUGUUUGUUUCGGCGAAGCCCGAAAUUUUGGCGUUGAUUUGGGGGCCAAUCAAGCUUCUCCUACAAAUGACAGAGAAUUUUACAAAGACUUUUGAUGCUAUCGUGGAAGCUAUAGCUGUCAUUGGGAACAAGCUACCACUAUUCGAGGCCUAUACCGUGCUUUUUGAGGAGAAUGAUCGAGUCACCGAUGUGUUAGUAUUGUUCUACAAGGAUAUCUUGGACUUCUACGAAAUUGUGUUGAAUUUCUUUGCCUCGAAGCGUUGGGGUUUGAUAUUCGAUUCUGUCUGGCCAAGACACAAAGACAAAAUCAAUGUCGUCGUCAGCAGUAUUGAGCAGCAUUGUCUACUGAUGACAGACCAAGUGACUUUGGAGAAUAUCAGUGGGGCGCAUAGAGCCCGAAUCGAAGACAUGAAACGAUGGCAGCAAACCUUUGAAUUCCAGGAGCGGCAAGACUUCAAAAGCGUCGAAGACUACAUCUCGCCAAAGUUCUAUGACGAUGAGCUCGACAGAUUACAACGGACAAUCUGUGAGCGAACCGGACGCUGGCUUCAAAGGGAGCAGACGUUGAAAAAAUGGAUUGACACAGGUGAUAAAUCAACAAGGGUUGUCUGGCUGCAAGGGAUACCCGGAGCAGGAAAAACUCACAUUUCAUCCAUUAUUGUGGACAAGUUGAGAGGUCUAUCACGCACAACACUAUUUGCAUUUCUGAGCUACAAGCAAGGUAACGUGUCGACGGUUUCGAUCAUACACUCCCUAAUAUUCCAGAUGGUUAUUGGAAUGGAGCAUUUUGAUCAAACUCUGAAACAAGACCUACAAGCUAAGCUCGUUGCCGCUUUCCAGUCAAGUCGAAGGAACCUGAAAAGUAACACCAGGUUUGCUCUCGAAACCUUGACAGACUUACUCAAUUGUGUUAGCCCAACCUACAUCAUCAUUGACGGUCUUGAUGAACUUCCUGAGAGCAACUGCAGGGUGGAAACUCUGAAGGAACUCCUAGAUAUGUUGAAGGGCUCGACUGAAACACGACUACUCAUCAGCAGUAGAGCAUCAGAUGAAAUUGCUGCAGUGUUAAAGACCACUUCAAAGGUUAUUCGCGUCGAUGACAAUAACAGUGGCUGCAUCCAGGCAUACGUCUCCGUGAAAAGUGAAGAGUGGCUCACCCAAUCUGGAUUUGAUGAACAUGCGUGUUCAGAGAUCAGGAGUUUGCUGAUCCCACUAGCGAAAAAAGCGAAAGGCAUGUUUCUGUACGCAAGAGUGGUGAUAGACAACAUUCAAAUGUGCCAGACCUUUGAUCUAGUUCAAAAUGAAUUAACAGUUCUCCCGGAGAGCUUGGAUGAAGCGUAUGCCCGUGUUUUCCAGCGCCUUAAUGAUCUGCAACCUUCGUUGAAGGUGAUGUCUCGACGAGCCCUGGGAUGGAUAGGAUGCUCUCCAAUUCCAAUAAAAAUCCAGGAACUCAGUUUUGCUUUGAGUCUCAACCUUGACCAAGAUGGUGAACUGCCUCGCUCCCAGAGCGUGAUAAAUAUUGUUCGGCUUUGUGGGCCUAUCGUUGAAACCUCUGAUGAUCAUGUUUACUUCGUGCACUUCACCGUUAAGGAGUGA